GCCGGGAGCAGGUGGGGACAACGGAAGUAGGGCGCUUAGUUUUGCUGCCGGGAGUUGGUCGAGAGUUGGGUUCAGUCCUGGGCCGUUGUGGGGACGGCACGCGGGGGAAGGGGAGGGGACGGAGACCGAAGAACGGAAGUCCUUAUGUUUCUUUUCUUUCCUUAAAUCUCCUGCCCGGCCUGAAGAGGCCGGAAGUUGCAUCUCUGGACAAGUAAACUCUGAGACCUGAGAAUGGCGAGCGGGACCCGCUCCUCCCUUGGGGUCUAGAGGAGACCCCCGGAGAUGGUCACUGGUGAGCAGCGUGAUGGUGGAAAGCUGGACUGGUCUCCCGAAAGGCAAAGCCGAGGCUUCUUCCUCUGAACUUUUGGAAUUUCUUCACAUGGCUCCUGAAGAAGUGACCAUCACAGUUCGCCUCAUCCGUUCCUUUGAACAUCGCAAUUUCAAACCUGUAGUGUAUCACGGAGUGAAUUUAGACCAAACUGUAAAGGAAUUUAUCGUAUUUCUAAAGCAAGAUGUCCCUUUAAGGACCAGCCUGCCACCACCAUUCAGAAAUUAUAAAUAUGAUACACUAAAGAUUAUUCAUCAAGCACAUAAAUCAAAGACAAAUGAACUUGUGUUGAGUUUGGAAGAUGAUGACAGACUCCUGCUGAAAGAAGACAGCACUCUGAAAGCAGCUGGAAUCGCCAGUGAAACUGAAAUUGCAUUCUUCUGUGAAGAAGAUUAUAAGAACUACAAAGCUAAUCCCAUUUCAUCCUGGUGAAAACAUCUCGAGGGCUUCCUUUUUGCAUACCUGUAUUAAGCUCUUUAUUCCACUGCUGAGUUUUUGAAAUUGACAAACAAAUCUUAAAAAAUUAAUCCCAGGCUAUACUCUUUGAGCUAAAAUAUGGUGAUUUCUUUCUCUUCAGGUCUUUUUUUCUUUCUCUCUUUCUUUUUCUUUGUUGUUGUAAAAUAAUAUAUUAUGAGAAAAACAUUUGAUCUUUUUAAAGGGAAAUAAAUUGUUAUUAAAAAUUA